AUGUGUUCAAUUCCUGGGCUUCCAACACCAGGAUCAGAGGUAACUGUUCUCAUCACGAGGGUAAACCUAAACCCCAGUUGUGGUCUUGUGGAAUUAUGGGUUAACGUGGAUGAUGGACGGAAACAUAUUUAUGAGCAGAUGAGAGAGAAAAUUCAGAUUCCUGAAAGGAAGUUUUAUGGAUCAGAAGGAAAACCAGGGGACCUUUGUCUGGUCUGUGUCAGUGACACCUGGCACAGAGCUCGCAUUGUAUCCAUUCAAAGUGAAACUUAUAAUGUGUUUCUAAUUGACCAAGGACAGCCCCAUGUUACCACAAGUGAAACCUUAGCAUGGGCCCACAGUGACAGUUUUCUCUUUCCUCCCGAAAUUGAAUCUUGUAUACUUGCAAAUGUCCUCUCCCCUGAGAAUAACGUGCCAGAAGAAGCCACAAAAUUUUUGAAGUCUCUCCCUGGCCAUAAGUUUAAGGGACUGGUUCAACAUGUACUGAUGCCAGACAGGACUAUUCUCCUUGAUAUAACAUUUAUUUCCAAGCAAAUGUGUAAGUUUGGAGUUGCAAAGAAGAUCCCAGGGGAUGAGUUUAAAUGCCUGGUACUGAAAUGUCUACAUUUACCCAAAGAAGAGGCUCCUGAGGCCCAGGAACAGAAUUCGAAUGUUAGUUGCCAACUUGAGAAGCACGAACAAUACUUUUUCCCAGAACUGUUAACUGACUCCUUUGAAACCGUUAAUGUGACAGAGGUAACUGAUCCACAGAACAUUUUUUGCAAACUUCAUAUAUUUUCCAAGGUAUUGAAGAUAUUAUCAGAACAGAUCCACCAGUACUAUGAAGAGGGCUCAGAUUUUGGAGAGGUGCAGCCACAGACCUGCGGAGAUCCAUGUGCUGCUAAAGGCAUGAGCGGCAGAUGGCAUCGCUCAUUACUAAAGCAAAACAUUACGACCGAUGAUGGUGCUGUUGAAGUCGUGCAUGUGGACGAAGGAAAAACUGAAUUGGUGCCAGUUGGAGACAUCAGACCACUGCAUGGGAAAUUCCUGAGAAUGCCAGUUGUCACCUAUCUCUGUUCUCUUGAUGGACUACAGGGUAAGGACACAAGCUGGACUAUGGACCAGACUGAAUACUUGAAAUCACUGCUCCUGAACCAGACAGUCGUAGCCAGGUUUGACCACCAUAAUAUACAUGCACGUCAAGAUGUCUAUGAUGUCACACUCUAUGCAGCUAAUUCUGCGUGCAUAAACUAUUGUUUUUUAGAGAUGGCAGGACUUUUCCCACCCUGUAAGACUGAACACGAUUCUAAUGUCCUGAAAGAAUCCAUUCCCUCAUCAUUUCUCAGUUCACUUGGAGACAAACAAUGUAUGGAUUUACAGAACAAAGUCAAUGUAAAUGUUGAUGAUUUACAAGAGCAAUCUUUGCCAAGCACCAAAAACCUAGAAGUCAAUGGCAGUAUGGAUGAUGGAUCCACUUCUGGCGCUGAUGCUAUUCACCUCAAAGAGCCCUUAGAACAUCCAUCAACAGGUUUCCCCUCUGAGGUGCACCAUGCUUGUGAUGAUGAUGUGUUUACUGUGGGGAGUGGAAUCAAUGUGAAAGUAUCUUGCAUUGAAAGUCUUCAGAAGUUUUGGUGCCAAUCAACAGAAAAUGGUGACUCUCUUAGCCUUCUUAUGCAAGACCUGCAAAAGCACUAUGCAGCUGCCCACCCUCAAUCCCUUGUUGAGUCCAUCUGUGUUGCCCGUAAUCCAGACAAUAACAUGUGGUACAGAGCAAAGAUCAUUGCAAGUCACCACUCUCCUGUUGUAGAUGUGAGAUUCAUAGACUAUGGUCAAAUUCGAAAGGUCCCUCUGCAAGAAGUGCGCCACAUUGAUCCAGCUUUCUUAUGGCUAAAUGCGCAGGCUUUUCAGUGUUGUCUGUUCAAUCUGAAGAAAUCCACUUAUCCUACUGCUGUCACUUCGGCUGAUGCUGCAUUAGCAGAGUUUCAGAAGUUUGUGGAUUCAGGUGCUACGUCAAGCACCGGCUUGAAAUGCGUUGUAAAAGCUAUAACGUCCGAUGAAGAAGGUCUGCUGCUUAACAUGGUAGAUAUUGAAACACCAUCUGACAGUGCAUGCAAGCUUCUGGCUCAGAAAUGUGCACAGACUGAAGCUCACAUGCAAAUUCCUCCACAAGUCCCAUCAGAUGCAUACAAUUACUCCUCGCACAAUAUUGAAGUGGGUGGAAAAGAAAAAGUGUGGGUAACCUCUUCAGAGAAUAUUGGUCACUUCUACUGCCAACUGGACCGAAAUUCUCAUUUGUUCGACAAAGUGACGGAAAAUGUGAAACAACUAAUUGGCCAACCACAGUACCCAGAUCACCCACUUGGACUUAAUAGCAUUUGCUUUGUUAGGUACACUGAUAAUCAGUGGCACAGAGGUCAAAUAGUAGAAAUGUCCCCCAAACUUAAAGUGCACUUCGUGGACUAUGGUGAUACACUUGUAGUGAAUGAAUCUGAUAUUCGCCCCUUUCCCUCUGAAGGAGGUCUUGCCAGGUCAAUUCUUGUGCAGGCGGUUCCACUUGGAUUGUCUGACAUCCCAGGAGAAGUGCCACAGGAAGUUAACCAGUGGUUUGCAGAUAAAGCCAUUGGCCAUAGUUUUACCAUUUCAGUGGUAGAAAAAGGGGCAAAAGGGAAGCUGAUUGUUGAAUUGUUUGAUGGAUCCCUGAAUGUAAAUGUGAAAAUCAGAGAGAGAAUAUCAAAAAUGGUGCAACAAAAGGUGACUACUUUCAUUCAGCAGACUGACCAGCAGCUCUCUAACAGCUCAGAACAGGCUGGUGUGCCAAAUGAAGACUGUUUAACACAAGAGCUCUUGAAUGUAUCACUAACAACAAGUUCACAAUCUAUAACCAAUGUCUCUACACCAGAGAUUGAACAUGGAAAAACUUUGGAUGAAGGAAGACAACCGACUUUGGAUGUCAUUCUUGAGGACAAAGAGACUGUGUUGGCUCAGACUUUCAUACAAGGUGGUCACAGUGACUCACAAAUAAUGCAACUUUCCCUCCCUCCUUGCUCUGAGGGAAAUGUGAACAUCUGCAUGUACAAGAGGCCUAACAUUUCUCAAGACAAGGCAGAGGAAGUAUACGCAUCCUGCAUUGUUGGACCACAUUACUUUUGGUGUCAGUACAACAAUACUGAAGACCUGAACAUGGUGUCAAUGCUUGCUCAGGAAGCAGGACAGGCACAGAAGAACAUGAUGUUCCCAGAGACUCUUGGUCCUGGAAGUCCAUGCCUUGCUCUUUUUUCCAGUGACAAUCGGUGGUAUCGAUCUCAGGUAAUUAAGAGAACUGAUGAUACCCUUCAUGUUCUGUUUAUUGACUAUGGAAAUGAAGCUGACGUUGAUAUCAACAAUGUGAGAGCACUGCCUCAGGGUCUGCUGGAUAAGGCUCCUCAGGCCUUUUUAUGCUCAUUGAAUGGAUUCGAGGAAUCCAAGGGCACCUGGGAUGACCAAGUUUAUGACGACUUCUACAAUCUACUGGUUGAUAAACCACUCAGAGUGACGGUGUUCAACAUCGAGGAUCAUUCAGAAAUCGCAGUUCCUCAAUAUGCAGUGCAAAUUGAGUGUGAAAAUAUACUUGUAAAUAACGCAAUGCGGAAAUAUUGGAAACCUGUAGCCACAGAACAUGUGAUGACUAAAAGCUGUCAAAUGGAAAACUCACUCCAGGGUGGUCAAACUGAGUUCAACAUGACACACAUUAAUGUUUCCAAAGGAAAUACAAAUACUUCCUUGUACAAGAAACCAAAAAUAUCUAAAAGCCAGACAGAGAGUGUAUAUGCCUCUUGUAUUGUGGAACCCGGUUUCUUCUGGUGUCAAUACGCCAACACUGAGGAUCUCAGUGAACUGUCAAUGCUUGCUCAGGAAGCAGGACAGGCACAGAAGAACAUGAUGUUCCCAGAGACUCUUGGUCCUGGAAGUCCAUGCCUUGCUCUUUUUUCCAGUGACAAUCAGUGGUAUCGAUCUCAGGUAAUUCAGAGAACUGACGAUACCCUUCAUGUUCUGUUUAUUGACUAUGGAAACGAAUCUGAUGUUGACAUUAACAAUGUGAGAGCACUGCCUCAGGGUCUGCUGGAUAAGGCUCCUCAGGCCUUUUUAUGCUCAUUGAAUGGAUUCGAGGAAUCCAAGGGCACCUGGGAUGACCAAGUUUAUGACGACUUCUACAAUCUACUGGUUGAUAAACCACUCAGAGUGACGGUGUUCAACAUGGAGGAUCAUUCAGAGAUUGCAAUUCCUCAAUAUGCAGUGCAAAUUGAGUGUGAAAAUGUGCUUGUAAAUAAAGCAAUGCAGAAAUAUUGGAAACCUGUAGCCACAAACCAUGUUAUGAAAGAAAGCCCUCAAACAGAAAACUCACUCCAGGGUGGUCAAAGUGCAUCCAACAAAAUGCACCUUAAUGUUUCCAAAGGAAAUGCAAAUGCUUCCAUGUACAAGAAACCAAAAAUAUCUAAAAGCCAGACGGAGAGUGUAUAUGCCUCUUGUAUUGUGGGACCCUGUUUCUUCUGGUGUCAAUAUGCGAACACUGAAGAUCUCAGUAAACUGUCAAUGCUUGCUCAGGAAGCAGGACAGGCACAGAAGAACAUGAUGUUCCCAGAGACUCUUGGUCCUGGAAGUCCAUGCCUUGCUCUUUUUUCCAGUGACAAUCGGUGGUAUCGAUCUCAGGUAAUUAAGAGAACUGACAAUACCCUUCAAGUUCUGUUUAUUGACUAUGGAAACGAAGCUGACGUUGACAUUAACAAUGUGAGAGCACUGCCUCAGGGUCUGCUGGAUAAGGCUCCUCAGGCCUUUUUAUGCUCAUUGAAUGGAUUUGAUGAGUUAAAGGGCACCUGGGAUGACCAAGUUUAUGACGACUUCUUCAAUCUCCUGGUUGAUAAACCACUCAGAGUGACAGUGUUCAACAUCGAGGAUCAUUCAGAGUUUGCAGUUUCUCAGUAUGCGGUGGAAGUUGAGUGUGAGGGAGUGGUUGUGAAUACACUGAUGGAGAAAUACUGGAAAGAACUGGACACAGAUCAUGCCAUGGCAGAAAUGGAAUCAGUAGACCAGGAUGAAACCAGGACUGUGGAUGUGAGAGAGAGUGUUGGGGUUUAAAAUAAUGAAAAGGCCAUCAAAUUAAUGCUCCCAACCUGACAAAUGCUUGAGGGGAACCCAGUUUUGAUAGAGCAUUCUUGAGUGGUGUGACCUGACAAAAUAUUUUUGUCUU